UGCUGACAACGAAAGACUAGGUGUGACUGUUGAUCAUGCAGAUCUUUGUGAAGACCCUAACGGGCAAGACCAUCACUCUUGAUGUUGAACCCAGCGAUACCAUCGACAACGUCAAGACCAAGAUUCAAGAUAAGGAAGGGAUUCCACCGGAUCAACAGCGAUUGAUUUUCGCUGGCAAGCAGCUGGAAGACGGCCGUACUCUUUCCGACUACAACAUUCAGAAGGAGUCAACUUUACAUUUGGUGUUGCGUCUACGUGGAGGAGUCUAUGAUCCGUCGCUCGCUUUACUGGCCAAGGGAUUUAACUGUGACAAGGCCGUUUGCCGAAAAUGCUACGCUCGUCUCCCACCCCGCGCCACUAACUGCCGAAAGAAGAAGUGUGGACACACCAGCCAGUUACGCCCCAAGAAAAAGCUCAAAUAAACUAGUAGCUUGUUUUCGAAUAUUGCAAGC